AUGGUGGAUUCUCCUAAAAGCACAAACGAACACAGUAUUCCCAGUCUGCAUGACUCUCCUACUGUUGAGCAGCUGGAGGAAAUCCUACAUGGAGGUCAGUUAUCAUGUAACCAUGUUGAUGAAGUGUGGCCCAGACUGUUUCUGGGAGACAUGUUUAUGUCUCAUGACAGGUAUGGACUUUGGAGACUUGGUAUUACCCAUGUUUUGAACGCUGCUCAUGGGAAAAUGUGUUGCAAAGGUAGCGAUGAUUUCUAUGGUACCACAGUGCAAUACUAUGGAGUACCAGCUAACGACCUGCCUACAUUUGAUAUUUCACCUUUCUUCUAUCCCUCUGCACAGUUUAUUCAUCAGGCUCUCAACACUAACGGAGCCAAAGUCUUUGUGCACUGUGCUGUUGGGGUAAGUCGUUCUGCUGCCCUGGUCUUGGCGUAUUUAAUGAUCUAUCACAACUACACGUUGGUGGAUUCUAUAUUGAAAGUUAAGGAGAAGAGGUGGAUUUUUCCAAAUCGAGGAUUUCUCAAGCAUCUUAUAAAUCUGGAUUCUAAACUAAAGAUUGAAUCUCAAAGUACAGACAAGUGACAGCAUGUUUAAUUAAUACAAUUUUGCCAAAUAACUUCUGCAGUUGUACUUAAUAAAUGCAUUAUAUUUCCAUAUAAGUACAUGGGCCCUGACAAAUCACAGAAAUAUCAUUGUACAGUAUGCUGUACCAUUGCAUUUUUCUUUCACUGAAACUAAGGGGCCCAAACGUUUUCCAGCAUGACUAUGCCCCACAAAAUGUGGUCUUUGGAGACAUGGUUUGUAAGUUUGGAGUGGAACAACAUAAGAGGCCUAUGUACUGAUCUGAACCCCACUGAACACUCUUGGGAUGAGCUGGAACACUGACUGCACCCAAGACCUCCUCAACCAACAUAAGCCGUUGGCCAAAAUAAUGCUUGUAAGGCUGAGUGAGUAAAUCCUUACAGCCUACCUCCAAAAUCUAGUGGAAAGUAUUUGCAGAAGAGUGGAGAUCAUAAAAACAGCAAAGGGAGAUAAAAUCUGAAAAAGGAUGUUGAGUAAGCACUGGGUGUGU